CUCAAACCAUUCGUGAUGAAGCUUGUUACGGCAACUCCACAAUUAGGACGUUAGCCCACGUGGCCCUACAGGUGGUCAGGAGGCCAUACCAAGCACUGUAUAAAAGUCCUCACCAUUCUACAGGCCACAAUCCACAGCCUUCACUGAAUCUUACUGGAGAUCAGGCUCCUCAAAUCACCCGAGAUGUCUUUCAGCGAUCAACAGUGCAAGCAACCAUGCAUGCCACCUCCUUGUCUUCAAAAGACCCAAGAAAAAUGCCAGGCACAAGCUGAGGAGGUGUGUGUCGCCUCCUGUCAGGACCCCUGCCAAGAUAAAUGCCCACAACAAGCUCAAGAGGCAUGCGUCCCUCAGAGCCAGGAGUUAAGUCAAGAAAUUUGCCCCCAGCAAGGCCAAGAUCCAUGCCUGCCUCCAAGCCAAGACCAGUGCCUGCCUCAGUGUGCGGAGCCAUGCCAGGAUUUGGCCCAAACAAAAUGCGUGGAGGAGUUCCCCCAGAAGAUCCAGGAGAAGUGUCCAUCUCAGGGCAAGGGAAAGUAGCUGCUCAAGUGCCACCCGGAGCAGAAUAAAUGGCCAACAGAGCAGCCAACUCCGGUCCGUACUCCACUCCGGUCCUUACUCCGGUGAUUUCUCCUGUGGGUAUCUCUGUAUGAUAUUCUUUCUUGUCUCCUGACUCCCUCCGUAUUUCAGGACUUCGUCUGUGCCCCUGAAGAUAGUUCUCUGUAUUUUUAUCAAGCUCUGUGAGUUAGUGUUCCUCUCGGCAGCUGGCGGACGGUCUCUAGUAGAGGAGAGGCGUGGUUAUCAAGGCAGACCGCCAAAGCUUAACACAGGUCUCCUGUGGUAAAAGCUUACCGAGCCCUGGGUACAUGGUCACACACCAAGGAUGCCUUUGCUCGUCUUUCAGAGGGCAAGGCUCUCUUUCAAGCUUCAGAACAGUCUGAAUUUAAUGCCUUUGUGCUGAGCAUCGCCAAUACAGUGGGUGUUAAGAAGAGGAUGGUGGUGCUACAAAGAUGAAAAAAUGGUAUAAUUUUGUUUCUGCACCCUAACCGCCCCCCCAAAAAAUGGUUGGACAUUGCCAUGUUGUCUGUGUGCUUUGUGAAAUUGAAACAAAACACUCUUUAAAGAUUGUAUUCAAACAGCCAAUAAGAACACACGCGUUGGCAUCCUUGCGUCCUUGCCAGUCUUUGUGCUGUGUACAUGGUCUGCUUUGGACCAUCUGGUCGGAGGGGGCAUCGGACUCCGUGUGUGGCCUUUCGCUUGUUUCUCUGAAACAGGAGCUGGCCC